AUGAUCCGACAAAUUUUGCUGAAAAACGACAUUCUCGUUAAGCUGGUAGCCGCCCGCGCUUACAGUGCCCCAUCGUCGUCCUCCGCCGGUCCCAAGGGGCCAGCCGCUCCGGCAGCAGCGCCAGCCGAUGUUCCUGGGCUAAGCUCGCGGUGUGUUGCGAAGAAGGAUGGCCCAGUUGGCCCGGGAGCGGAACGGACCGGAACGUACAAGGUGCCGGAAUACUUUAGCUACAACCAGACGAGCUACUUUGAGGCUGAGAUUGAAAUGUCCAAGUUCCGCAUCCCGCAGCCCUCGGCCAAGAACUGAACACCGGGUGGCUUCUGUGAACUGUAAAUAAGCGGCAGCGGAAGUCCGUUAAAUAAAGUCAUUAGUUGGAGGAUGUGAUCCCGUACCGGCGA